CUAUCGACCGGUUGAAGACUUUUUUGUCCUUUCGUAAAUUUCAGAAUACUAUAUAUAUACUUGAUGUGAAAUUUUAAAUUUCAGAGAUCCAAAAGCUCUGUUUGGUUUUUAGAGCGAGAGAGUGGAGCGAAAAUGAUAAAAGCUGUGAUGGUGAUGAACACUCAAGGCAAGCCUCGCCUUGCAAAGUUUUUCGAUUAUUUGCCAGUGGAGAAACAGCAAGAGCUUAUACGCCGCGUUUUUGGAGUCUUGUGCAGUAGACCUGAGAAUGUAAGCAAUUUCAUAGAAGCGGAAUCAAUUUUUGGUCCGGACAGUCGCCUUGUCUACAACCAUUUUGCUACUCUUUACUUUGUCGUUGUAUUUGAUAGUUCAGAAAAUGAACUAGCCAUGCUUGACUAUAUACAACUUCUUGGGCAACAAACAUUGGAAAGAUGCUUCAAGAAUGUUUGUGAGCUUGACAUUGUGUUCAAUUACAGCAAGAUACACACGAUCUUGGAUGAGAUAAUUUUGGGAGGCCAAGUGCUUGAAACAAGAUCAACAGAAAUUAUGAGGGCAGUCGAAGAGAUAUCUAAGUUAGAAGCUGCAACAAAUGCUAUCUCAUUCAUCCCGAAAUCUGCUUCCAGUUGGCUAAGUAGGUAGUUCUUCUGCAUUCAAAGAAAGUUUAAAUCAACCCUCGAAUUAUUUUCUUCUCAACGUGAGUUUACUUUUAACCAACCUUUUUUGGGUUUGUAUAUUAGCUUAAAUGCUUGAAUGAAUCUAUUUUCAUAUAGAUCCACAUAAUCAAAAAGUUUAGAGGGAUGAUUAAAAUCA